GAGCUCAGCCCUCCAACCCAGCCCGUGUGUCAGGCUGUCAGCAGGGCCGUUUCUCCCAAGAAGAUUUCCAGGCCCCUCUGGGCCAUGAAGAGGCCUAAAUUUAGCCAGCACACAAGAGGCUGGCUUGGAGCCCAGGGACAUCGGGCCUUAUAAAGCGCUGGCAGUCGGGGCCCGGCACGCUUCCCUGGAGGCCUGCACCCACACAUUUCUCCAGUGCAGCCCCUGCCUGGACAGGGGCUCUGCUGCCUGUGGAUGAGCCACCGGACCUCCUCCGCCUUCAGAGCGGAGAGAAGCUUCCAUUCUUCCUCCUCCUCCUCCUCCUCUUCCUCUUCUUCUUCGGCCUCCCGAGCCCUCCCGACCCAGGACCCACCCAUGGAGAAGGCUUUGAGCAUGUUUUCGGAGGAUUUCGGCAGCUUCAUGAGGCCCCACUCUGAGUCCCUGGCCUUCCCAGCCCGUCCCGGGGGACAAGGCAACAUCAAAACCCUCGGGGAUGCCUACGAGUUUACAGUGGACAUGAGAGACUUUUCCCCUGAAGAUAUUAUUGUCACCACCUCCAACAACCACAUCGAGGUGCGGGCUGAGAAGCUGGCUGCUGAUGGCACAGUCAUGAACACCUUUGCUCACAAGUGCCAACUACCAGAGGAUGUGGACCCUACAUCGGUGACCUCGGCCCUUCGAGAGGAUGGUAGCCUCACCAUUCGGGCACGGCGUCACCCACACACGGAACAUGUCCAGCAGACCUUCCGGACGGAGAUAAAAAUCUGAGGGUCUCCCUACCCUUGCCCUCCCCCCAUCUCCUCCUCAACUGGCCUGCUGGUGAGGUCAUCCUGACCCCUGACAAUGGCCCCCAGAACAUCUCAGUGUAGGUCCUAGUCACUCCACACACUCUUAGGCCCCAGGUGGGUCACACCCACGCACCCCAAACUAGGGCCCUCCUUCCCACCCAGGGCAGUCCCAAGACCCUCUUGCCCUCACCCAGAUGGGACCUCCCUAUCUUAGUCCACAGUAGAGGAGUUGAGGUAUCAACUUGGGGAGAAAGAUGGGGACUGAGCUUCUGAGCAAAAGUUCAAAGGACAGAGAGACAUCAACAGCAUCUCUGCAGGGCAGGGGACCAGGGACCCUCCCAGCAAGUGAAAUAUAAGAGUUGGCCACAAGCGCCGGGCGGUGGUGGCGCACGCCUUUAAUCCCAGCACUCGGGAGGCAGAGCCAGGCGGAUCUCUGUGAGUUCGAGGCCAGCCUGGUCUCCAAAGCGAGUUCCAGGAAAGGCGCAAAGCUACACAGAGAAACCCUGUCUCGAAAAAAAAACCAAAAAAAAAAAAAAAAAAA